AUGGCUUGUGCGUGGCUUCAUCCAUUCCCACGGUUUGUCUUUACCGUCUUCGAGCCUAUAUCACUGCUCGCGGGAGCCAUUCCUGCCAUAGCCCAACCAGCUUGGUUCAUACAGGAGCAGAUUACACAGCAUGUUCCCGUGCCAGUUGUCCCAUCCUCAGAAGGUGCUCUACUGGUAACUCGGCAGCUUGGCAAUGCCUUUGGGCUUCUGGCUAUGUGCGGCGUUGGUGUACUGUACACCACCAACGAGCCCAAGGUCGUGAGAAACUACCUUGUCGCGUUGUGGAUAGCAGAUAUUGGUCAUAUUGCCUUGACGUAUUUUGCCCUACGCCACGACAGGUUCAUGGCUUUCGGGUCGUGGAACGCAAUGACAUGGGGCAAUGUUUUUGUCACGGCCAUGUUGUGCCUGACUAGAACGGCCUAUCUAUUAGGCCUGUUUGGGCCCGAUAGGCCGGUGCCUGCUGUAUCCAGGCCAAAGAAGACACGUUGA